UUUGUGGACCUAGGACAAAAGGCACGUUCCACGUGUCCAAGAAAAAUAGAAGGGGAAAAAUUGGAGUUAAGGAAAGAAGAAGAGAAAAGAAAAACAAAGUGUCUGUGUGUGAAGUGUGAAGCAGACUUUUCAGUUGUAUUAGUGUUUUUGCAUCAGCUUCUCACUUCAUCUAUCAGUAUCAUGCAAAGCAUCAGCAGCAGCCAGCAGAGAAAUGUUGAGAACCCAUCGCCAAAUCUUGUGCUGUAUUCUUACUGGGAGAGCUCUUGUGCAUGGCGUGUCCGCUUUGCUUUGAAGCUCAAAGGGCUUCCUUAUGAGUAUAGAGCAGUGGACCUUUCAAAAGGAGAGCAUUUUUCUCCAGAAUUUGAAAGAUUAAAUCCACUUCAUUAUGUUCCUGUGUUGAUUGAUGGGGAUAUGGUGAUCUCAGACUCUUUUGCAAUACUUCUGUAUUUGGAGGAAAAGUACCCCCAGAAGACAUUGUUGCCAGAAGAUCCUCAGCAAAGAGCUCUGAAUAUGCAGGCUGCCAGUAUCGUGAGUUCUAGCAUACAGCCUCUUCAUAUGGGGUCAACGCUGAAAUAUAUUCGAGAAAAUGUUGGUCCUGAAGCAUCUUUUUUAUGGGCUCAGUCUAGCAUAGAGAAGGGCUUUGUCACACUUGAGAAGCUGCUGCAGGAUGUUGCUAGCAACUACGCCACUGGAGAAACACUGUUUCUGGCUGAUGUGUUCCUAGCUCCACAGAUAGCUGUGGCUGAAACAAGGUUUAAAAUUGAUAUGUCUAAGUUCCCUACCCUGGGUAGAAUAUUCCAAUCCUACAAGGUGUUACCGGAGUUCGCAGCGUCUCUGCCAUCCGCUCAACCUGAUGCGGUGCCUUAAGUGUCAGUAAGUAUGCCUUUGGAUGCAAAGUGUGUACAAUGCAAAGUAUUUUAUUUACUUGUGCAAGCAGUGUCGGUACUGCCAAACUUUUGUAUCUAAAUGAAGAGUGGAUACAGCGUCUUUUUCUGUCGGAUGUUUUGUGUUUGUUUGUGGUUGACUGUUGCGUUCAAUCUACUCAGUUUUUCAAAGCUA